AUGAAUAUAGUAGUUAUUUCUGGUAGAUCUUCCUUAAAGGAUGGAGAGUUGCUGCUUGAAUCACUGUUUCUCAGUGUUGAUCCUUACAUGAGAGCUUACAGUCGAAGGGACAUGAAGGAAGGGGACAUAAUGAUAGGCACACAGGUUACCAGGAUUGUAGAAAGCAAGAAUCCUGCUUCCACAGUGGGGGCCUUUGUUGUGGCUGACAGUGGCUGGAGAACUCAUUUCAUUUCUGAUGGGAAAAACCUACAUCUCCGUCCUUCCAGUUGACCAGAAUCACUCCCCAAAUCUCUAGCUCUUGGAAUGGUUGGCAUGCCAGACCUCACUGCGUAUUUUGGACUGCUGGAGGUCUGCAAGAUGAAGCCAGGAGAGACGGUGCUGGUUAAUGCUGCAGCUGGCGCUGUGGGCUCUGUGGUUGGGCAGCUUACUAAAAUUAGGGGUUGCAAAGUGGUUGGCUGUGCUGGCUCAGAUGACAAGGUUGCCUAUCUGAAAAAAAUAGGCUUUGAUGAAGCUUUUAAUUACAGGACUAUUAAAUCUUUGGAUGAAGCACUGAGUAAAGCCACUCCUGAUGGCUACGACUGUUUCUUUGAUAAUGUGAGUUCAGAGAGAAGGUCUUGCCCUGAGCAGUUGUCAUUUUCCAUAAAUUACAGCAGGAUCUCAAUAUUGUAUACAUCUAACUGCAGACUACAUCAGGAACUCAAUACUGAGAUCCAUUUAAUCAAGAAAAAGAAAUUUCUGCUUUCCUGUUCCCUUUCCACACAUAUUUCUGCAGCUGACUUGGGCAGCAACAGAAAGGACAAAGAUUGAAAGGCAAAGCUGGAU